AUGGUCGAGGCUCCCGUUCACAGCCCGGGCCCCGGUGAGGUUCUCCUCCACGUCAAAGCCACUGGCAUCUGCGGCUCCGACAUCCACUUUUGGAAAACCGGCUGCAUCGGCUCCCUCGUCGUCGGCGGCGACUGCAUCCUCGGCCACGAAGCCGCCGGCGUCGUCCUCAAGACCGGCGAGGGCGUCACCAACCUCCAAGUCGGCGACCGCGUCGCCGUCGAGCCCGGCGUGCCCUGCAACAAGUGCUUCCUCUGCCAGGAGGGCCGCUACAACCUGUGCGAGGACGUCCAGUUCGCCGGCGUCUACCCCUACCACGGCACCCUGCAGCGCUACAAGGUCCACCCCGCCAAGUGGCUCUUCAAGAUCCCCGACGCCGUCUCCUUCGAGGAAGCCGCCCUCCUCGAGCCCCUCAGCGUCGUCCUCCACGGCGUCAAGACUUGCGGUCUCAGCCUCGGCCGUGGCGUCCUUGUCUGCGGCGCCGGCCCUAUUGGUCUCAUUGCGCUCGCUGCUGCUCGUGCUUCGGGCGCGCAUCCCGUCGUCAUUACCGACGUCGAGCCUAAGCGCCUUGCUUUCGCCAAGGAGUUCGUCCCCUCCGCCAUCACCUACCAGGUUGACACUAAGCUCGACGCCGAGGGAAACGCCCGUGAGAUCCGCAAGCUCUUUGGCGCCGACACUGACGAGUACCUUGCCCCGCCCUCCGUGCUCGAGUGCACCGGUAUCGAGAGCAGUGUGUGCACCGCUGCCUUCGCAGUGCGCAGGGGUGGUGUUGUUUGCGUUAUCGGUGUUGGACGUGCCAUUAUGAACAACCUUCCUUUCAUGCACAUUUCUCUCGCCGAGAUUGACCUACGCUUCAUCAACCGCUACAGGGACACCUGGCCCGCUGGUAUCGCCUGCCUCAGCGGCGGCAUCCUCGAUCUCAAGAAACUCGUCACUCACCGCUAUACCCUCGAAGAGGCUGAGCAGGCCAUGACUCUGUGCUCCGACGUUUCCAAGGGCAGUAUCAAGGUGCAAAUCAUUGACGACGUUGACGCCAGGAUACUAGAGUAG